CUAUUCUUCUCCUCCUCAUCUGAUCCGUCGUCUCUCGCUUUUGCUCGUCUAUUUCGGUCGCCGGAUAUUGCUAUGAUGCAGCAGGCCAUCCCCUUCGUCGGCGGCGGCGGCGGCGGCGAGAUCAGGAGGGUGGUGGAGGAGAACCCGGUGGUGGUGGUGGGGCGGAGCGGGUGCUGCAUGGUCCACGUGGUCCGGAGGCUGCUGCAGGGGCAGGGCGUGAACCCCGUGGUGUGCGAGGUAGGCGAGGACGCCGACGAGGCCGCGCUCGUGUCCGGCCUGCGGGGUGCCGACGACGACGACGACAUUGACCUUGCAGCGGCGGCGCUGCCGGCAGUGUUCGUGGGCGGGAGGCUGGUGGGGGGACUGGAGCGGCUCGUGGCGGUCCACAUCGCCGGCGAGCUGGUGCCCAUCCUGAAGCGAGCUGGAGCCUUGUGGCUAUGAUUGGUUUCUGCUAAUGACGACGACGCAAAUGUAAGUGAAGGAACGAAGGAUUGCCUGCGCAUCUGAUGGAGGAGGAAGAGACGACGGAAGCAAAAGCUCUUAUGGCUGGAAUAUGCUCUGUACCGUUUCUUCUCUGCAGCAUGAAUCAUGGAGAAUUUGUUCUAUUCUCUUUCUUCUCCCUGAGGAGUCAUGGAGAACAUGAAAUAAUAUCAACCUCAUAAUGAUCAUA